AUGCCGGAGAUUUCGGACGGUGUAAUUCGGCGAGCCGUUGUGAUCGGAAACGGCUUCGCCGGCGCUGAGAAUCAGUGCAUUGGUUUGGUCCGUGCUCUUGGUUUCUCCAACCGGCAUUCCAUGUACCGCGUGACUAGGCCUCAAGGAGGAAUCAAUCGGUGGCUUCAAUGGCUUCCUGUUUCGAUUCACAAAAAAUUAGAGUCCGUUAUUAGAAUGAUCUAUGGCAAGUCGCGCUUUCGAACGCCACACACGAUCGGCUUAUCCAACGUGUUGGAAGCUGAUGCUCACCACAUUGCCUCCAUGGCUCGCGAAACGUUUCACAAAGAUGGACCCUUGUUGGUGGUUGCCUCUGGACGAGACACCAUUUCUGUUGCCAGCUCCAUUAAACGGUUAGCUCCAGAAAAUGUUUUUCUUGUUCAGAUACAACAUCCAAGAUUUCACCUUAAUAGGUUUGAUCUUGUGAUCACUCCACGCCAUGAUUAUUACCCGCUGACUCCUCAUGCCCAACGGCAAAUACCUUGGUUUCUUCGAAGGUGGGUGACUCCAUGGGAACCUCCUGGCCGCAUUGUGGUCCUCACUGUGGGAGCACUUCAUCCAGCUGAUUCUGUUGCUCUUAGGGUUGCUGCUUCUGCCUGGCGUAACGAGUUAGCAAAUCUGCCAAAGCCCUUGCUUGUGGUUAACGUUGGGGGACCUACUGUUAGUGGUUAUGCUUCAGAAUGUUCUAUGGAGCUGUGGGAGUAUCAGGAUAUCUUUCUCCAGGAGAACCCCGGACAAGGUACAGAUGACUAUGCAAUUAUGUUGGCAAUAGCAAGUAUAAAUGGUGUUACCGGGGGGAUCACCAAAAUUUUGGUCAAAGAAUUUUCCACAAAUCCCAAGGUCCAAAUAUGGGACGGUGAAGGUCCAAAUCCACAUAUGGGACAUCUGGCCUUGGCUGAUGCCUUUGUUAUUACAGCUGAUUCAGUUAGUAUGUUGAGUGAGGCCUGCAGUACUGGGAAACCUGUGUAUGUAGUUGGAGCAGAGCUAUGUACUUGGAAGUUUGCUGACUUCCAAAAUUCUUUGCAAAAACAUGGGGUCGCUCGACCAUUCACUGGGAAGGAGAAUAUAGCCGAAAGAUGGAGUUAUUCUCCACUGAAUGACACUACAGAAGCUUCAAGCCAAGUAAUUGCAGCUCUUGCUCAGCGAGGAUGGACCAUUCAUGCAUAA